AUUCGUUCUUGUCCAAUUUACAUUUGCAUAUGUGAUAGCGCAUACAGCAUCUUGAAAUACUGAGGACACAUUUAUUUGCCAAGGCUGCCUCGCGCGGCGACAAUCCAACUCCAACAUAUUCAAGAUGAAGGCUUGGUUAUCCACGUUGGCCCUUGUGGUCAUGUCCCUUUGGACGGCUCAGGCAUUGGAAGUACAGCUGGACAAUACCGAGGAGAAUCGACAGAAAUGUGCCGGCAUGUACAGCAGAAGCGCCUGGGGUGGUCCUGUUGACCCUUUCGUUCUCACCGUAUUUCCAAACAAGACGUAUGAAGGCGAUGCCGACCCGAUUGUUAGCUUGAUUGUCUUUGAAUGGAAAGACCAGGACUUGAUCGGUGUCUACCCAAGCCCUGACGCACUCCAAAAGGAAUUGAUCUGCGAUAGUGAGAAUAUUCGGGUUGGCCUGUGCAAUGAUACGGACAUUGGCGAGUGGAUUCUGUCGCCUAACGCGACGGAGAAGUCGGAAAGCCUGAUCCUGACCCAGGCCAUACACCUCAAGUCUGCGCCGCCUAUCAACUAUCCAAUCAAGAAGACUGGUUACUACUGUGUUGCUGCCUAUGGACUCAACACCGAAGAGUUCAUGGGCGUCGUCGAGUUCCGGGAAGCUUAUGGCGAACUUCCUGCCACCGUUGUCCCCAAACUCCCAUUCUAUGGAGGAAUAACCAUUCUAUAUGGUGUGGUUGCAGUGUUCUGGGGUUUCCUAUACUACCAGCAUAGAUAUGAUAUCUUACCCGUGCAGAAUUAUAUCACUGCCAUCCUUAUCUUCCUCGUUGUCGAGAUGCUGAUGACUUGGGGAUUCUAUGAUUAUCUAAAUCGGAACGGUUCCAACGUCGGAGCCCAGGUCCUUCUAGUCGUGGUUGCAAUCCUUAAUGCUUUCCGCAAUUCGUUUUCGUUCUUCCUACUCCUCAUCGUAUGUAUGGGUUAUGGAGUCGUCAAACCCUCUCUUGGCAAAACGAUGGUCUAUGUGAGAUGGUUGGCUAUUGCCCAUUUCGUUUUCGGACUGGCCUAUGCCAUUGCUAGUCUGCUGAUCUCGCCCGACACAGCCGGUCCCUUCGUACUACUCAUUGUACUUCCAUUAGCGGGUACUUUGACCGCCUUCUACGUAUGGACGCUCAACUCGCUCAACUUUACCCUUAAGGAUCUACGCGAGCGCAAGCAGAGUGUAAAGGAGGCCAUGUACAAAAAGCUUUGGUGGUGCAUCCUAAUCAGCAUUCUUGUCAUCUUUGGCUUCUUCUUUUUCAACUCCUUCUCGUUCGCCUCCGCCUCCGAUCCCGAUUACGUCCCCUUCCACUGGAAAUCGCGGUGGUUCGUUCUUGACGGAUGGCUAAAUUUGGUCUACUUUGCCGAUGUAGCCUGGAUCGCGUAUGUGUGGAGACCUACGGCAAACAACAGAAGAUUCGCUAUGAGUGACGAAAUCGCGCAAGAUGAAGACGGCGGGUUCGAAUUCGCCGACGUGGGUGCCCCUGACGAUUCGGACGAUGAUGAUGAGGAAGCAAAUAUUGGCUCCAAGAUCACCACCACGCGCUCGGUCUCGACAAGAAACGCCCCUACCGCAUCGCAACAGUCACAAACAAGAGCACCGACUAAACCAGAGACGCCGCGAGACUCUUUCGACGGUGAAACAAUAUUCGCUGUCGGAGAAGAUGGCGACAAGUUCAGCGACGACGACGAUGAUGAUGACGAUGACGAUGACGAUGACGACGACGACGAUCGCCGUCGCGGCGAGGGGUCGAAGUUGGUUAGUGGAAGAAAAUAGUAAGAUUAUCCCGGAUCAUAGGAUCAUAGGAUCCCGGUGAGGCAAGGGCUGGCAUCGAAUGUGUGUUUGGGCUACGCA